GCUCUCACAUUUUCACAAGUCUCUCUCUCUCUCUCUAUGCUGACUUGUAAUUUUCUCUUUCUCUCUAUCUAUCUUCUUUCUUCUUCUUUUAUGCACUAUCUAUCGUCAUUAAUACCCAACCCCAAGCCCCUUGUUUUUCUCUCCAUGCUCCGAUCUUUAAAGAAAGAAAAAAACGAUUUAAACCUUCAUAUACCUAGAAGUUUCCAUCAUAAUAUAGUUAUGUCUAAAACUAGAGAUACGGAGAUAAAAUUGUUUGGGAGGACAAUCACAUCUUUCCUGGCUGUGAAUCAUUGUGAUCCGUCGUCGGUGUCCCCUUUUCACGAUGUUUCUUCCGAUCAAAGCAAGGAUGGUUCUUCUUCUUCCUCGUCGUCUUCUUGUUCUCCAACGAUUGGACCAAACAAGGUUCCGGCUGAUAAAAAUGAGAAAGAGAAUAACAGAUUCAAAGAUCCUUACAUACUAUCCGAUCUAAACAAACCGUUAAAAGCAGUAUCUGAGAUCUCAUCAUCACCAAUAAGCUCUAAGACCAACUGUGAUCAACAGAGCGAGAUCACGACAACAACAACAACAAGUACUACAUCAGGAGAGAAAUCAACGGCUCUCAAGAAACCGGACAAGCUUCUUCCAUGUCCGAGAUGCGAAAGCGCAAACACCAAGUUCUGUUACUACAACAACUACAACGUGAACCAGCCACGUUACUUCUGCAGGAACUGUCAGAGAUAUUGGACAGCUGGUGGAUCCAUGAGGAGCGUUCCCGUCGGCUCAGGUCGUCGCAAGAACAAAGGAUGGCCUUCUUCAAACCAUUACUUGCAAGUCACUUCUGAGGAUUGUGAUAACAAUCACUCGGGAACGAUCCUUAGUUUCGGUUCUUCGGAAUCUUCGGUUACAGAGACUGGUAAGCAUCAGUCAGGAGAUACCGCGAAGAAAAGUGCUGAUCAUUCAGUUUCUCAAGAACACCAAAACUACCAAGGGUUUCUUCCACCGCAAGUAAUGUCACCUAAUAAUACUUCUCCUUGGCCUUACCAAUGGAGUCCAACAGGUCCUAAUGCUAAUUUCUACCCUAUCCCUUUCUACUGGGGUUGCACGGUUCCGAUAUGUCCUACCUCAGAGACUCCACCAUGUUUAGGAAAACGGUCAAGGGAUCAUCAAACUGAGGGAGGAAUCAAUAAUACUACAACAACUUCUACUACAAGAGCAAGAUUGGUUUCAGAAUCACUUAGAGUGAAUGGUCAAGCUACUAAGAGCGCGGUGUGGUCUAAGUUACCAACAAAACCGGAGAAAAAAACGCAAGGGUUCAGCUUGUUCAAUGGAUUUGACACAAAGGGUAACAGCAACAGAAGAAGCUUGGUCGUCCCUCAAACUUCUUACAGUCUACAAGCAAACCCUGCAGCGAUGUCUAGAGUUAUGAACUUCAGGGAGAGCAUGCAACAAUAAUCUAUAGUCAUACAUUCAUGAACUGAGAGAGUUGAGUUUAGCUAAUUGUUACCUUGUGGAAGAAGGGGACGCUGUGUAGAUAUUUUGUUGGAUCGUACUAAGAGUAGAUAUAGUAUAUUUACUGUUGUAGUAUCACAAAGAGAAAUAUUUUUGGAGUUGUAGAUAUUUCUCUCCAUUGUGUUAUGAAGUUGCAACAUAUAUAAACCUUUUAGAUUAAUAUC